AUGGUUCUGCGCAUUGCUGUAAACGAUUUUACAUCCCAUUCGCCUUUGAGUGAAAAGUUUGGAGCAUCACUAAGUGAGUGCAGACUGCUAAUGGAAUAUGCAAAGGCUUUGAAUUUGGACAUCAUUGGUGUUAGUUUUCAUGUCGGAAGUGGCUGUACUGAUCCAAAGAUUUUUGCUCAGGCUAUAGCUGAUGCACGUGUUGUCUUUGAUAUUGGGAUUCAUCUUGGAUUUCAGAUGUAUUUACUUGAUAUUGGAGGUGGUUUUCCAGGAACUGGAGAAGACAAAGUUACAUUUGAAGAGGUAGAACAGUUAUGAUCCCUGCUAAUGUUACUGAUGGAC